AACCUCAGCGUGUCAGCAAGACAACACGGAGGGGGAGUGAAUUUAUUGAUACCAGUCAUAUUUUGAAGGAACAUUAUAAUAAUUCCAUCUAAUUGUGAGCAGUUUCUGUUCAGCCGAAAGCUGUCUGGGUUUCUUCCAGCAGCCCAGUAGAUGUCCACUCCCUCAGAUACAUCAGGUGGUAUGUCCCAUCCUGGCCCUUCUCCGGGAGCUGGUCUCUCCCCAGGGCCAAUCUUGGGCCCCAGCCCUGGACCGGACCCCUCACCAGGCUCUGUUCACAGUAUGAUGGGACCUAGUCCAGGCCCUGGAACACCCAAUGCACCUCAUGGCAUGCAGGGCCAGGGGCAAAGUGAUUACUCUCAGGACAGCAUGUAUCCUAUGCACAAGCCCAUGGACGGUAUGAAUGACAAGGUAAUGGCAGAUGCGAUGCACUUUGGUCACAUGAAAGGUGUGGGCAUGAGAUCUCUGCACAGUGGGAUGGGCCCUCCACAGAGUCCCAUGGACCAGCACAGCCAAGGUUACAUGUCACCACAUCCAUCCCCCAUGGGUGUGCAUGAGCAUGCUCCUAGCCCAAUGUCAGGAGGUGCAGGAGGUGGGGGGCCCACACCUCCCCACAUGCCACCCUCACAAUCAGGUCCGAUGAUGUCCAUGGAUCCCCAGGGAGGCAUGGCCAAUAUGUCCAACAUGGGCCAGCAGGGGCGGGGACCCUCUGCUUUUAGCCCAGUCCAGCUGCAGCAGCUCAGAGCUCAGAUUCUGGCCUGCAAGAUCCUUGGCCGUGGGCAACCUCUGCCUGAAAACCUACAGCUGGCUGUUCAGGGCAAGAGGAGCCUACCCACAAUGCAACAGCAGCAGCAACAACAGCAGCAACAACAGCCAACACCUGGUGGUAGUCCUUAUAACAGGCCCCCAGGUAUGACAAUGGCACCUAUUAGUGGACCCCAGUCAAGCCCCUGCCCAACCCCAGCUAUGCAAGGACACAAUCAAAGCACAGGACCUAAGCCUUGGCCUGAUGGUCAGGGGGCCGAAAAUCAAGCCAAUUCUCAGAAGCACCUCACUCCUGCUUCCAGUGGACGCCCGUCCCCUGUGCCACCUCAGACCACUGCUGUGCCAGCUGGGCCCUUGCCAGGCAGUUCAGUGACCCCUCAGCCUCCCGGACAGCAGGUGUCCCCCAUGCUUCAGAUGCAGCAGAAGCAGAACCGGGUCACACCAAUUCAGAAACCUCAAGGCUUGGACCCAGUUAGGAUCCUUCAGGAACGAGAGUACAGGUUGCAGGCUCGGAUUGCACAUCGAAUCCAGGAACUGGAGAGUCUGCCAGGCUCCCUGCCUCCUGAUCUGAGGACCAAAGCCACAGUGGAACUCAAGGCAUUGCGUUUACUCAACUUCCAGCGGCAGCUGAGGCAGGACGUGGUGGCAUGUAUGAGGCGAGACACGACCCUGGAGACGGCCCUGAACUCCAAGGCGUACAGACGCAGCAAGCGGCAGACACUGAGGGAGGCUCGCAUGACUGAGAAGCUGGAGAAGCAGCAAAAGCUGGAGCAGGAAAAGAAGCGCAGACAAAAACAUCAGGAAUAUCUCAACAGUAUCCUUCAGCAUGCCAAGGACUUCAAAGAGUAUCACCGUUCUGUGUCUGGUAAAAUGCAGAAACUCACACGGGCUAUUGCCAACUGGCAUACCAACACAGAGCGUGAACAGAAGAAGGAGACUGAGAGGAUUGAGAAGGAGAGGAUGAGAAGGCUUAUGGCAGAAGAUGAAGAAGGCUACCGAAAACUAAUUGACCAAAAGAAAGACAAGCGUUUGGCCUAUUUGCUGCAGCAGACAGAUGAAUACGUGGCUAACCUCACCACCCUGGUGUAUGAACACAAAGCUGCCCAAGCUGCUAAGGAGAAGAAGAGGAGGAAGAAGAAAAAGAAGAAGGUGGAUGGAGAUGGCGAAGGUACUAGUGCCAUUGGACCUGAUGGAGAGCCCAUGGAUGAGAGCAGCCAGAUGAGUGAGCUGCCAGUCAAAGUGAUUCAGACUGAGACUGGAAAAGUUUUGCAGGGAACGGAUGCUCCCAAAUCCAGUCAGCUGGAGGCCUGGCUUGAGAUGAACCCUGGAUAUGAAGUGGCUCCACGGUCAGACAGCGAGGAGAGUGGUUCUGAGUUUGAGGAGGAGGAGGAAGAGGAGGCUGCGAAGACAGAAACAGAGGAGAAGAAGAUAAUUGAUCCCACUGAAGCUGAAGAAACCACGAAUGAUGUCAAACACGUCAUUGAGUCUGCUAAGCAGGAUGUGGAUGAUGAAUACAGUGUUCCCACUGGACAAACCUUCUCCCAGUCUUACUAUGGUGUGGCCCACGCUGUCAUUGAAAGGGUGGAUAAGCAGUCGUCACUGCUGAUCAACGGCAUGCUUAAACAUUACCAGAUCCAAGGGCUGGAGUGGAUGGUGUCCCUGUACAACAACAAUCUAAAUGGCAUUCUGGCUGAUGAGAUGGGCCUCGGCAAAACUAUACAAACCAUCGCCCUCAUCACCUACCUGAUGGAGCACAAGAGAAUCAAUGGUCCCUUUCUCAUCAUCGUUCCUCUCUCGACUUUGUCUAACUGGGUUUAUGAACUAGACAAGUGGUCACCCUCAAUUGUGAAAAUUGCCUACAAGGGCACCCCUGCAUUGCGCCGUGGGCUCGUACCUCAGCUCCGCAGCGGUAAAUUCAAUGUCUUGCUGACCACCUAUGAAUACAUCAUCAAGGACAAGCACAUACUGGCCAAGAUUCGUUGGAAAUAUAUGAUUGUGGAUGAGGGUCACAGGAUGAAGAACCACCAUUGCAAGUUGACUCAGGUGCUGAACACCCACUAUGUGGCUCCCCGCCGUCUCCUCCUCACUGGUACACCACUGCAGAACAAACUGCCCGAGCUGUGGGCCUUGCUCAACUUCCUCCUGCCCACUAUCUUCAAGAGCUGCAGCACCUUCGAGCAGUGGUUUAAUGCACCAUUCGCAAUGACAGGAGAGAGGGUGGACCUAAAUGAGGAGGAAACCAUCCUGAUAAUUCGGCGUUUGCAUAAGGUGCUCCGUCCCUUCCUUCUACGCAGACUAAAGAAAGAGGUGGAGUCUCAGCUGCCAGAGAAGGUGGAGUAUGUCAUAAAAUGCGACAUGUCUGCCAUACAGAAAGUUCUGUAUCGCCACAUGCAGAAAGGAAUCCUUCUCACUGAUGGCUCAGAGAAAGACAAGAAGGGCAAAGGAGGAGCGAAGACCCUGAUGAACACCAUCAUGCAGCUCAAGAAGAUCUGCAACCAUCCCUACAUGUUCCAGCACAUUGAGGAAUCUUUUGCAGAGCACCUUGGCUUUCCAAAUGGCAUAAUCAGUGGGCCAGAUCUUUAUCGAGCCUCUGGGAAAUUUGAGCUUCUAGAUCGCAUCCUGCCAAAGCUUCAUGCCACCUCACACAGAGUCCUGCUGUUCUGCCAGAUGACCACUCUCAUGACAAUCAUGGAAGACUACUUCAGCUACCGCAACUUUCAGUAUUUACGACUCGAUGGUACCACCAAGGCUGAGGACCGAGCGUUACUGUUGAAGAAAUUUAAUGAGGAAGGAUCUCAGUACUUCAUCUUCUUGCUCAGCACAAGAGCCGGUGGCCUUGGCCUCAACCUGCAGGCUGCUGACACUGUCAUCAUCUUUGACAGUGACUGGAAUCCCCACCAGGACCUUCAGGCUCAGGACCGGGCUCACCGCAUUGGUCAGCAGAAUGAAGUGCGCGUGCUUCGCCUCUGCACUGUCAAUAGUGUGGAAGAGAAAAUCCUUGCUGCUGCCAAGUACAAAUUGAACGUGGAUCAGAAGGUCAUCCAGGCUGGCAUGUUUGACCAGAAGUCCUCGGGCCACGAGCGCCGUGUCUUCCUGCAAGCCAUUUUAGAACACGAGGAGCAGAAUGAGGAAGAAGACGAGGUACCAGAUGAUGAAACCCUCAACCAGAUGAUAGCCCGCAUUGAAGAUGAAUUUGAACUUUUUAUGCGCAUGGACAUGGACAGACGCAGAGAGGACGCCAGAAACCCAAAGCGCAAGCCUCGUCUAAUGGAGGAGGACGAGUUGCCGUCUUGGAUCAUCAAAGACGACGCGGAGGUGGAAAGGCUGACGUAUGAAGAAGAGGAAGAGAAGAUGUUUGGCCGAGGCUCUCGCUGUCGUCGGGAUGUAGACUACAGUGACACCCUGACUGAAAAACAGUGGCUACGGGCGAUCGAGGAUGGAAACCUGGAGGAGAUAGAGGAGGAGAUCCGGCUCAAAAAGCGCAAACGUAAGAGACGUCAGGACAAGGACUCUUCAAGCAGAGAAGAUGGAGGCAGCAAGGCUAAGAAGCGACGUGGAAGGCCACCAGCGGAGAAACUCUCCCCCAACCCUCCUAAACUCACCAAGCAAAUGAACGCCAUCAUUGAUACAGUAAUCAACUACAGAGAUGGGUCAGGAAGACAACUAAGUGAGGUCUUUGUUCAGCUGCCAUCCCGAAAGGAGCUCCCAGAAUAUUAUGAGCUGAUCAGAAAACCGGUGGACUUCAAAAAGAUCAAAGAACGUGUGAGAAAUCAUAAAUACAGGAGUGUGGGUGACCUGGAGAAGGAUGUGAUGCUGCUCUGUCACAACGCUCAGACUUUCAAUUUGGAGGGAUCCCAGAUAUAUGAAGACUCCAUUGUCCUUCAGUCUGUUUUCAAGAGUGCCAGGCAGAAGAUAGCCAAAGAUGAAGAGAGCGAUGAUGACAGCGACGAGGACGAUGAUGAUGAGGACGAGUCAGAGGCUGAAUCCAAGUCAGUGCGAGUUAAGAUCAAGCUGAAUAAGGAGGCGAGGAGCCACGACAAAGGCAAGAAGAGGCAAAGCCGAGGGAAGGCCAAGCCGGUGGUCAGCGACGAUGACAGUGACGACGACCAGGAUGAUAAUGAUCAGUCGGAUAAGAGCGAUGACGAAUGAGAAGAGGAUGCACAGACAUGUAGCACUUAUAAAGCAACAGACAGUAUCUUCCAUUGUUGUUCUUGUGCAUUUUUAUUAACUUCCUCUUUGUCUGUCCGUAGUGUUUUGUCAUCCUCUUUCCCCCAUUUUGAAAAUGUAUUACUCAUAACCAAUAAGCUACAGCAAUACCAAUCUGCUUAUUAUACUCCUCUUUUUAAGACAAUUUGUAGUAUAUUUUUAAACGCUGAGCUUUGACUAAGAUUGAAAUUGUGUAUAAAAAAAAUGAAAAGAAAAAUAGAUUUAGUUAUGUUUCACGCGCUUUUGCUUUAUUUGUACUUGCUUGCUUGCACUUAAAGAAAAUGAAAUGUUAACAUCCAUUUUUUUUUUAAAAAGGUCUAUUAAAAGACAAAUAUAUACUGUAUACGUAUAGCCAAGGACAUCCAAGUUAGUUUGGAGAACUGGUGUUGAAAAUGGCAAUCAAGUUUUAAAUGUGAUGAUUUAUUCUUUUACCUUGUGCAGUGCCAAAUGUUGAAAUACAAGACAAAAUCAUUUGUUAGAUAAAACUCUGCCCCUGACUGAUCAUGACUCAGCUGCCGUCACUUUGAUAAACAAGUAAACAAACAAGUGGUAAACAAUGUAUGGUGCCUUUUUAAAAACCUACAGAGAGCGAUCGGAAUAGAUCACACUCCGAUGCUGUUUAGUUCAUUUUUUUGCUCGGAAAAUGUGGAAAAAAAUUGUUUUUUCUUGUUUGAUUUUAUUUUUUAUUAUUUAAUUUUUUUGCUGAUCAGUUUCUGAACCCAUUGGAAUAAACCCGGGGAUCAGUGGCCAAUAAAUUAGGGAUUCUAAUGUAGACGGUGAAUACUUUUUAUAGUUUUUUAUUGUGUUAACUUUUACAACCAGGAAGUUUCUGGCUAGUCUUUAGUAACAGCAAUCUGCAUAUGAAUGCAAAUUUAAAAUAAUAAUAAUAAUAAUAAUUAUCAACUUAUAGUUGAUACAUUUCCUGUAGUGCAAGGGUGUCAAACUCUUUUUAGUUCAGGGGCCACAUACAGUGCAAUCUGAUCUGAAUUGGGCCAGACCAGUAAAAUAAUAGCAUAUUAACCUAUAAACAACAAGGACCCCACAUUUUUACAAAACUUAAAAAACAAGCAAUUUCAACAAUAUUAUGCCUAAAUUUAGCAUUUACACAUGUACAUUACAACCUACAGACCAUAGUGGAUCCACAAAAGCACAAAACAUUAUAGUAUUUUCACAAAUUCAUCCCCCGGGCCGGAUUGGUGGGCCAGUUCUGGCCGCGCAGGCCCUACGUUUGACACCCCUGCUUUAGUGUGUUCUGCCUCUUUUGCUCUCCACACAGUGUUAACCUGCGAGAAAUCAAAGCCUGGCCAAACUUGAUUGGCCUAACUACAGUAACCAACCACAAAACCAGAAUGUUUUCCCUAAUCUGCACGUGGUGAUCGAUCAAAAACAAUAUGCAGCAUCUGUAACUCAGCAGUGUUCAGUCAUGAGAUGACGGCAUUUAAAGAGUUCAGACAAACUUUCAGCCACUUGGACAAAAUGUCUGUUGUUGCUUAAUGAAUUGCAGAUUAUUUUGAGGUGGCUAUAAACACCAAAUGCUUUUUAAAAGGAUUUUUAAUGUAGAGAAAUGUAACCUUACAUUGUAGAGGCACAUCGCUUAUGUAAGUCAGCACGUUUCAUGUAUCUUUUUAUCUUCGAAUUCUUUUGAAGUUUCGAUCUUUGUUGUAACGUUUAGUGUUAGCUCUGAUGUUGAAAUUUGCCUCUCUGGUCUCAUCGUGUGACUAUAGGCAGCAGGUUCACGUAACAUUGUUUAUUAUUGAACAACAUUGAUCCUUCCUGUUAGUGUAUGAAUGUGUUAGUCCAUGCACUUAUUUUGCAGCACAUGAAUUUUACCGGACUCAGUCUCUGAUGGAUUUUUGCAGUUAUCACAUUGAUAGACAAAGUUAAAAAAAAGGAAUAAAUCAGAUUAGAUUGUCAUUCUAUGACAGUAUUUUAAACCAUGUAAUGAUUUCUACAUUUGAAACGAUGUGUUAUUAUUGUUGUUUGUGUGUCGGUUCGGAGCCCUCAUUUUAUGGCUUUAUGUGUUUUUAAAGCAUGAACUCUAUACUGUGUACAUGCAGAUAUAUCAUCUAUGUUUAUGUAAUAUGUGCUUGCCGACUCUCCAUAAGUGUGACUUAAUCUUUUUUUGCUUUCUUUGCACACUGUCUUUGUGGUUGUAUAUCGUAGCCCGGGGCAAAUAAAAUCGCAACCAAUUUGCAGCACAAUAAAAAUAAAACUUCUGGUUUCUUUA